AUGGACGGCGAAACACAAAGCCUUGAAUCUAUCGUGAAUACAAACCUCGCGGGAAAAGAUUUGGAGGAGUUCAACAGAAUUUAUUAUGGAAGAAAAAAUCAUCAUGAAGUAAAUCUGAAGGAUUCCUCGAUCGCUGCAGCCAAAGAUAAUGAUUUUGAAAUCGCUGCCUACGCCUUCCCCGCGAAGAAGGAAUCCACACGACCACCCAGGAUUGUGAAGGUGGGCAUCAUUCAGCAUUCCAUCGCUGUCCCUACCGACCGGCCCAUCAAUGAACAGAAAAAUGCCAUACUCGCUAAGGUGAAGAAGAUUAUAGACGUGGCCGGUCAGGAAGGAGUCAAUAUCCUGUGCUUCCAAGAGCUAUGGAACAUGCCCUUCGCGUUCUGCACCAGGGAGAAGCAGCCGUGGUGCGAAUUCGCUGAAUCAGCCGAGGACGGACCAACCACACGCUUCCUGAAAGAACUCUGCAUAAAAUACGCGAUGGUGAUCGUAUCAUCUAUACUAGAACGUGAUGAGAAGCACGCGGAUAUAAUAUGGAACACGGCGGUGGUGAUCAGUGAUACAGGCGCUGUGAUCGGGAAACACAGGAAGAACCACAUCCCCAGGGUGGGAGACUUCAACGAAUCAAACUACUACAUGGAAGGUAACACCGGCCAUCCGGUCUUUGCGACGCGGUACGGCAAGAUAGGCAUUAACAUCUGCUUCGGACGUCACCACGUGCUGAAUUGGAUGAUGUUUGGACAGAACGGAGCUGAAAUAGUAUUCAAUCCUUCAGCUACAAUCGCUGCUGAGGCUGGAAGCGAAUACAUGUGGAACAUAGAAGCAAGGAACGCAGCUAUAACAAACUGUUAUUUCACAGCGGCUAUCAAUAGAGUCGGCUAUGAAGAGUUUCCUAAUGAAUUCACAUCCGCUGAUGGGAAACCUGCUCAUAAGGAUUUGGGUUUGUUUUAUGGCUCCAGCUAUUUCUGUGGCCCGGACGGCGUGAGAUGUCCCGGGCUGUCUCGUAACAAAGAUGGGCUUCUAAUAGCCGUCAUGGACCUCAAUAUGAACAGACAGAUCCGGGACAGACGCUGUUAUUACAUGACCCAAAGACUUGACAUGUACGUAGAAAGCCUCAAACGAGUACUAGACUUAGACUUCAAACCACAGGUCGUACAUGAAACGGAGAAAUGA